AUGAUUCGCUCAAGGAGAGGGGUUAACUUGGCUGUUCAAAAGGCUGGGUUGACCCGCACUCUUCGCUCCCCGGCAUGCGCUCGCCAGGGUUUGUGCUCGACGACCCAUUUACGAUAUGCAUCGCGACGUAGUUCGGAGAAAGGGAGACCUGUCGAUGGUUCCUCUAGCUACGAGGAAGACUCUCGCAAGGAGUUGGAUACUGCACGUAUUCAUGGAUUUAUGGAGGCCUUCCGAAGGUCCAAGGGCAUUCACAAGAGCGAGGAUAACAAGGCGGCACCGUCAAGGGGGGCAUUCGGUGCGCUGAGCGGCUGGACUACUCUCGAGGAGCGGCUGGGAACGAGAUCUGACAGACGCUACUCCAGAGAGCGAGAGGACAUAGACGAACUCAAUGACAACUUGGUCGACAGGCAAUCGAGCCAAGCCCCGGCAUCCAACGAACUCGAUCCGGCACAUGACGACUUCGAUCCAGUAUAUAAUCGUAUAAGUGGUAUCGAUUCAGCACCGACGUAUGGCUACAUGGACGAGACCCUCGCCGAGAAGCUGCCCGAAACGCCAGAGGCCUCAGCGCGUCCUACACAUGCACCUAAGAAAGACAAGCAGAAACCGCCAAAGCAGAAAGCAAAGAGGCGUUCCAAGAAGUAUUCGGAGCUUGACGUCAAACGUCUCAGACCAAAAGCGCUUGAGCUCACACCGAUUAAAGAAGAAGAAGAAGACAUUGAGGUGCCACACCUGUCGUAUGGCCUCGAUAAAGUUCUCUUCAAUAGCGGCGUUUAUCAGAUACAAGAUCAGCGGUCGAAAGUGUAUAAUUUCGACCCCUACCUCACCUCAAUUAUGCCGAUUGAUCAGUUCGAUUUUGACGCUCUUAAAGCCUACAUCACUUCAUCCAAAGAUUCGAAGCUGCGGGCCAUCAGCGCCAAGCACGGAAAGAAGUAUUGUGGUUCUACCUCUAGCAUGACAGCUCUAUUGUCCCACUUCCAUUUUCUCAUCUCCCAAUGGCGUGAGCCAAACUUUGGUCAUUUGUCCAAGGAGCUCAAGAUCGAGUCGCGCAAUUUCACAGCCCUAAGUCGUACGCCGGCUGCAGCGUACGCCAGACUCAAGGACGGCGUUUAUGCGAUUGAUGCCGAUAAGGAAUAUGACAGGGAAAAUGUUCUCAGUAUGUUGGGUAAGUCGAUGGAAAAGCUUCUCACACUUCCCAAAGAAGAAUACGAGAAAUAUCGAGUCAGUCGUUCGCAUCUCCUUACAGAGGAGGAACGGAAUGCCGACGAAGCCUAUCAUUACACCACGUUGGGUGACUUCAUGAUGCGUUCCCAGCUCGAUGCUUAUGAUCCUCGCCUGCCUGGCACUGGCGUUUUUGACCUCAAGACUAGGGCUGUUCUUACGAUUCGAAUGGAUGUCCAUGAUUAUGAGAAGCGAAGGGGCUAUGAACUCACCCAGCGAUUUGGCCAAUUUGCCUCAUUUGAGAGAGAAUACCAUGAUAUGAUCCGAGCAGCGUUUCUAAAGUACUCUCUUCAGGUUCGAAUGGGUAGAAUGGAUGGUAUUUUUGUUGCAUUCCACAACACCCAACGUAUCUUUGGCUUCCAGUAUAUUCCUCUGGAGGAAAUGGAUGAAUCUCUCCACGGUACUGAACGCCGGGAGCUUGGAGACCAGGAAUUCAAGGUUAGCUUGAAGAUCCUAAACGACUUGCUUGACCGUGCCUCCAAGAAGUUUCCUGGCCGCAGCUUGCGUCUUGUCGCCGAAGCUCGUCAAGCCAAAGUUCCCUUUAUGUACUUCUUUGCUGAGCCAGUCUCGGAUGAGGAAAUGAAGGAGUCCGACGAGGCUUCGACGGAGUCGACGAUGAAACUUGCGGAAGAAAUCAUUGACCAAAGUCAGAGAGACCGUGAAGCAUUGGAGUUGACUGAGAAGGAGCUGGAGCAGGGGCAAGAGCAGGAGCAAGAACAUGAAGCGGAAUCGACGGUUGAAGAUUCCGAGAAACCUAUUGAUGAAGGGGUUGUAAAAGUGGAUGAUGCUUGGCGGGCUCUGAUGGGAAAGGUGGAAGAAACCAUCGAGAACGAGUCACUUGGAAAGGACUUCAUCAAAGAAUCACUGCACGAUGCCCUCGAGGAAGUCGAUUUUCUCAGUGACAGCACUGCAAAGGAGUAUGAGCAGGAUCUGGAUGCACUGGUGGAGUCUUUGGCCGAUGCAUUCAUUGUGCCGAGAGAAACCCGGGAGGCAUCGGAAACGAACGUGGUUGAUGAAGACUCAAACUCGAACAACGGAUCGCCGAGUGUUGAGACAGACCUCAAGCAUGAUAGCCCUCCUUCGGAGCCAAUCGUCGAGGUAGCGUCUGAGGAUGAUGCACCCGCCACACCCAUUUCAAAAGGGGAGGUAUCUGCACAAGCUGAAGCGGGAUCGUCGCCUGUCGGCGAAACAUCCAAAUCUGAUACCUUGAGGAACUUGAUCAUCCAAGUCACAAAAGGUAUCGAGGAUAAAAAAGUUGAGGAACUGGGUAAAUUCGAGCGUAUGCUAGCGGAGUUCGCUGCGAAGACAAAACAGGCUACCACCAAGCCUGAUGAUAACGCGAUGGAUGAAAAAGAGUCGUCCACUCAACCCCCCGCGGAUGCUGUGCCAAGCAGUGUUGACGAGGCAGAGGGCAAUGAGGCUCCUCAGCCAGUAGAAGAGGAAACUCAGCCUUCGGAUGAGCUCGAGUUUAAUUAUACGCCCCCGAAAGACGUUCUUGGGAUGUAUGUUACCGUUCGCAACUAUCAAAAUCGCCGACCGGUAGAUCGCCCUGAGAUUGGCAACGAGAAGAGAUUUUCCUGGGUUGUCGAAUAUAGUAUUCAGGAACUUGAGGAUUCAGAGGCAAAAAGGAUUUAUGCCCAAAGCAGAAAACGCCGCUUCGUCCAGUUCGACAACAUCAGGAAGAAGAAGGAUUCAACUUACCAGCAGCAUUUUCAGUCAAUAAUGCUUCGACUGUCAAAACAGGGUGCUAAAUUCCGCCAGGCUUUUGAAAACGAACAAAAGGGCAAAGACCUUCUCGUUGCUUGGGAUAAGAAGCCGAUUCCCAAUGAAGAGGAGGAAAUCCCUGGGACCAAAAAGGCGUAG